AUGUGCUUCUCUGUUGAUGUACUGAAAAUUGGUGAUUUUAUUCUUUCUUACCUCUCUACAGAAGAGAGACCUGCUGUUGAAUCUGUCUCUGCAGUUAAUAAUAUUCUUUGCAUUCCUACAGAACAAGAAGUUCAUGAAGAUAUUUUGGCUGAAAGAAAAAGUGAAAAAAAGCCAAUGAUUGAGCAAGCACAAGAAUCUGAAGUGACAUUUGAACAAGCUCAUGAAGCUGAAGUGAUCAUUGAACAAGCUCGUGAAACAGAAAUGACUUUUGAACAAGCUCAGGAAACAGAAGCCACAUUUGGUGAAGAUGUUGAAAUAAAGACUGUUUUAGAACAAUCCACUGAAGUGAAGACUACUAUUGAAAAAAGGCAUGAAGCUGAGCCUCUUAUUGAACAAGCACAUGAAGCAGAAAUAAUAACUGAACAUAAACACCAAGAGGAAGUUAUCUCUGAACAAGAACAUGAAGUAGUUGCUACUACUGGUGAGUGUUGGAUAUCCAUUUGUGAUAGUGAUUUUGUAAUCAAUAUUACUUCGAAAGAUUAUCUUUUUAGAUCAAUUUAA